AUAAAGACGAGGAUGGACCACACCACGUCGGGGAGUAUCUUCUUUGCUAUAAUAGUCAUUGCUGACAGAAUUUUCCUGUCACAGACCUUCAACGUUGGCACAGCUGGGGCAAAGAUAUUCAGUGGCCCAGCAGUGGAGGAGUUUGGCCACACUGUCCAGCAAGUGACAAAUCAUCAGGGGAAAUGGCUCCUGGUCGGUGCUCCUUGGAGUGGUUUCAGUGGAAACAGGAAGGGGGAUAUUUACAAAUGCCCAGUCUCAGGAUCCAGAAACAACUGUGAUAAGCUAAAUUUUCAAGAUUCUGUUAGUAUUCCAAGUGUUAAAAAUGUCAACGUUAAUAUGUCCCUGGGCCUUACGCUUACCCGGAUGACUCCAGUCAGUGGUUUGUUGAUGUGUGGUCCUCUAUGGGGACAGCAGUGUGGUGAUCAAUACUUCUACCCAGGAAUAUGUGCAAAACUGAACCCCCUUUUUCAACUUCAACCUGCCUUCUCUCCUGCUGUCCAAACAUGUGGAGGACCAAUGGACAUUGUGAUUGUUUUGGAUGGCUCAAACAGCAUCUAUCCUUGGAAACCAAUGAUAGAUUUCCUCCUGAAAUUAAUACCUUCACUAGACAUCGGACCCCAAAGUACACAGGUCAGCGUCAUUCAGUAUGCAGUUGAUCCCAAGUUUCAAUUCAAAAUGAAUGAUUAUACAACAAAAGAGCAAGUGAUUGCAGCAGCAUCCAAAAUCGAACAGAUGUAUGGUCAGUCUACCAAUACCUUUCAUGCGAUACAAUAUGCCAGUCAGUGGGGUUUCCAUGUAAAUAAUGGUGGCCGAACUGGUGCCGCCAAAGUAAUGGUGGUCGUCACUGAUGGUGAGUCACAUGAUGAGGAUUUCAGAGAGACCGUAAUCGCUGAGUGUGAGAGGCAAGGCAUCACCCGCUUCGGUAUUGCGGUCCUGGGUUACUACAUCAGAAACAAUAUAGAUACAAAAAAUCUUAUAGAAGAAAUCAAAUCCAUUGCCAGUUUACCCACAGAGAAGUAUUUCUUUAACGUGUCAGAGGAGGCAGCCCUUUCCACCAUCGCUGGAACUCUGGGGAACCGCAUCUUCAACAUAGAGGGCACUGGAAAAAGCGGGGAUAGUUUCCAGAUGGAGAUGUCCCAGGUUGGAUUCAGCGCUCACUAUUCCAGCCAGCAGGAUGUGAUGAUGCUCGGCGCCGUGGGAGCCUACGCUUGGAGUGGGACUGUCGUCCAUCAGACUGGGUCUAAAGUAAACAUUCUUCCUUUCUCAGCCUUUGAGAGGAUACUUCAAGACAGAAAUCACAGCUCAUUACUGGGUUACUCUGUCACCACACUGAGCGAUGGCUCUACAGAGUACUUUGUGGCCGGUGCUCCGCGCUCCAAUCACUCUGGACAAGUUGUUGUUUACACCAUCAGCACUCAGAAGGAAACUGCUGUCAUUGAUUCAGAAAGAGGGAAACAGAUUGGGUCAUAUUUUGGAAGUGUCCUGUGCUCCCUGGAUGUUGACAAAGACGGGGUGACAGACCUCCUGCUGGUUGGGGCCCCUAUGUACAUGAGCGAGCUGAAGAAAGAGGAAGGCAGAGUCUACCUCUUCUCUGUCACCAGGGGUAUACUGAACGAGCAGGGAUUCCUCAAUGGUCCACCUCCAACGGAGAAUGCCCGUUUUGGAAUGGCUAUCUCUGCCAUUCCUGACCUUGAUCUUGACGGUUACAGUGAUGUUGUCGUUGGAGCUCCACUAGAGGACAAAGGGAAGGGUGUUGUUUACAUCUACAAUGGGCAUAAGAAGACGCUAAACAAACAGUUCUCACAGAGAAUCGCUGGCUCCAAACUGGAUCCUGAACUUCAGUACUUUGGAAGGUCUCUAGACAGCUAUGGAGAUCUGAAUGAUGAUACCCUUCCUGACAUCUCCAUCGGUACUUAUGGUAAAGUGGUGCAGCUCUGGUCCAGAGGCGUGGCAACUGUUACAGCUACAGCGUCUUUCAGCCCAGACAAAAUCAACGUUUUUAACAAACCCUGCAACAUUAAUGGUCGGAAGCUUUCAUGUUUCGACACCAAACUGUGUUUCAGUGCUUCAUUCAGACCCAAGAACCCCGUUGGACCCAUUGAUGUGUCCUACACUUUGACUCUGGAUGCUGACUUGCAGGAUUCAAGAGUGACAUCAAGAGGACUGUUUACAAAAAAUAAUGAACGCUUCCUAAAAGACAAAGCAAAGAUAUCUUCAACAGUUCUGUGUCAAGACUACCAGGUUUAUGUUCAGGAGACUCCAGACUUUGUUAAUUCCCUCAGUCUGAAAGUAGAAAUUGAGCAGGAAAACGAGGAGGGGAACCCUGUUCUUGACUUGUUUUCUGCAAGGGCCUUUGAAUUCUUUGUCCCCUUCACUAAAGACUGUGGCUCUGAUGAUGUUUGUGAGAGUGAUCUGGUGCUAAGUGUGAAGCCAGACACAAAGGUGUCCAGCUCAUCUCCCAUUCUGGUCAGCGCUAAUAAAAAAGAACUGACAUUUGAAGUUAUUGUGAAGAACAAAAUGGAAAAUGCAUACAACACGCAGGUCACUGCCAAGUACUCCAGCAGCCUUUACUACUCCUCAGUCUUUCCUACCGAAGAAGUCAAAUGCACCUCAUCACAACAAGAUACUGUCACUUGUCAGGUGGGAUCCCCAGCAUUAAAAAAGGACCAAGAGGUGAAAUUUGAGAUCAGCUUUGACUACAAUUUUAAUCAGCUGCAAAACCGAGCAGUUGUGAAAUUUGAGGCCAAGAGUGAUGGUAAAGAGGUACAACCUGCAGAUAACAGUGUUGACAUAUCCAUUCCUGUUCAGUAUGACACAGGGAUUGUUCUUUCCAGACAAUCCAAUAUUAAUUUUUAUGUGGCAAAUGCAACAACUCAAGUGGUAACAGCAGUGAAAACUUUGGAUGACAUCGGCCCAGAGUUUAACUUCACAGUCAAGGUUUCAACAAGUCACUUUCCUGUCAGCCUCCUGUAUCUGAGCAUUGCUCUGCCGAUGACAACUAAAGGUGGAAAUCAGCUCCUCUAUGUAACUAGUGUGGAAACACAAGCAGGAGGUUCAGUAAGCUGUGAUGUCAACCAACUACUUGAUCCUCUGAAGAUCACUGGAAACAGCAAUGGGAAGAGCCACCCAGUUUCCUUCUCCAAGGAGAGCUUCAGAGGUGCAGAGAAACUGGACUGCGACAGUGCAAAAUGUGACUAUAUAAAGUGCAUCCUGAAAGACAUUGAAGUUACAAGUAACUACUUUGUGAAGAUUAAAACACGGAUCUGGAGUGGCACUUUUGUUUCGGCGAUCUACCAGUCCAUCGAGCUGACCUCCAGUGUGGAUGUGGAAACUUCCAACCCGGAUCUGCUCAUUAUCAGCCUCAAACAGCUACCUGUUGUGGUGACAGUGAGCAAACCUGGAGAGAUAGGCGAGGUUCCAGUAGGAGUGAUAGCUGGAAGUGUUAUUGCUGGACUGGUGCUGUUGGCUCUGGUGGUCGGAUUGCUGUAUAAGUUUGGAUUUUUCAAAAGGAAAUAUCAGCAGCUUGGGAAGAAUGCAGAGGAGGACGGGGAGAACCAAGCAAACCCUGAAGAAUAACAAAUUACUAAAGUAGUUUUUCAUUUCCCUUUUCAUUUCUUUCAUUUUCAGUUCAUUUCAUGAAGUGCUGUGGAGUAAAGAGAGUAUCUGUAGCCUUCUUUCUUCCUUCUUCCUUCCUUCCUUCUUCUUUAUGUUUAUUUCUAUUGUAAAAAAUCAGUAUAUUUCAAGUGCGAAUAAACCACAGCUUAGUCACUGGAAAUGGGGCACUUUAAUGCAAUGGAAGCUAUCCAGUUUGUUGAUAACUGGGAUUUAAUCCUCUCUCUGUUUUACAGAGGAUCAUUUUUGCUUAAUAGGUUUUACAGUUUUUGUCAUUGUUCACUGAUUUUGAAAGAGCUUAAUAACUGUUUUGUUUUUGUUUUUUGGUUAAGUUUUUUUAUGCCAGCAUCCUGCAACUAAAAUCAUUAAAAUGCUAUUUCAGAUUAUAGAUUACUUUAUCAAUAAGACCCAGACAUUAAUAUAUUGUUUUUCGCUGUAAAAAACAUCAAAUUUAUAAAUUGCCAUUUGUUUUGGCAAAUUAUGGACAACAGUACUGAAGAACAACAGUUUUAGAUAGGAAUUAAUUAUUAAAAUAUAGCUUAUUUGUACAAAAUCUAACCUUUAUAGCAUCCACAUUGUUGCCAGUCACCUUCUAGUGGUAAAUAGUUUGGGAUCCACCCUCCUCUUAAACUCUCAGGGCUAUAUUUACUUUACGAGUAUUAAUAUCAGCUAAUGUGCAAAUACGAAAUAGCACCAAUUCUGGAAAAAGAAAAUCAUGUCAUUUUAUUGUGUUUGUACUGUAUUUUUAUCAACUCAAACAAAUUUUUGUACUUUUUUGUAUGAUAUGGCUCAAGGUUUUUUUUUUAGCAUAUUGUUUUAUACUAACACAUUUUUAUGCCAGUAGUGGCACAGCCUUUCAGUAACAUGAUUAGGAGUUAAUCUACUGAUCUAAAUUUACUGGUUUGGCUAUUUUAAUGCAAACCAGACAAACAAACCAACAAACAAACUGGUUUUAAAUAGCCCAAACCCAAUCAUCUUAGUGUUACUGUUAAUAACAGUUGCAGAUUAAAUAUCUGAAUUUAAUUAUAAAUUUAUUGCUAACUUUGAAAAAGCACAAACUUUAAAUGAACACAACCCACCAUGUUAAAUGCUUAAACUCUUCUCUCCAUGCACACUGUUCAUGACUGCAGAGCAAAGGGUUGUGUUAUAAAUCAGUCUGAGAUCAUGUUACUGAUUUGGUGAUUGCUUUAUAUGGUUUCUGUGUACAUGUGUUUCUGAUAACAGAUUUAUUUGUGUUGAGCUAUGGACAGUACUGCAGGGUCAAAAUGUCUCAUGACAACGCUUUACCACAAGAUGGCAGUAUGAGACAGGUGACUUUUUUUUCUAAACUCAAGACUGUAAUAAUUUUACAACCUGACCAUCAUAAUUUAUCAUCGUUUGAAAAGUGUGUAUUUCUUAUCCUAUGUUGUCAUGCGUGAUUUGUUUCCUCUCUCUCUUCUUUUUUGAACAUCUUUAGAAGUCCCAACUCUUCUCAGAACUGUACUUUGGUUGCUUCUUUAUAAAUUUCAGUACAACUGAGAUUUUUCCAUCAAAUUCACUUAACUUUAUCACACUUUUUAACUGUUGUGUUUUCCCACUGUUGGGUUAUUCUGUCCCUGGACUGUUUUGGAAUGUGUUUCUGACUCUUUUCCUUCUCAGCGAGCCAACACCAGCACCCAGCAGUCUUUAAUAUUCAUUUCUCUGGACCUGCUGAAAUGGAAUAUGCUAUUUGUCUCUAAUAAGUAGCAUAUUUUCUGGGAGCCUGGGCUCAAGCCUUCCUUGUAUAUAAGAUUUGAUAAAUGGUUGAACUGCUCUGUUUCACAGUUAUUCAUGUGCUGCAGUGUUGUGAAACAGCUUUUGGAUUUUAUGUAUAGGUGUACAGGGAGCGAUGUGGAAAUAAUGGAUGAAAUGAGAUACUACAAAAGUUUUGUACACAUUUGUAAGAUCAUCCCUCUGGGAUUUUCUUCAGAUGAUUGGCAGGCGCAGCCAAACAACUGACCCACACCACAGUGGGAUGAUUACUCACAUAUUGCUGCAACCUGCAUGUAAAUCAGAAAUGAUGUCAUAGCAGAUUAUUUAACAGUUGGCCUUUCUUUGCACUUCCUGAAAAAAAAAAUGCCUACAUCUUUGUUUGCACUUCUAAGACUUUUUUUUUUACAUACUUUAAAGAGACAUUUUUCUUAAUAAUUUACUGAUGAACAUGUAACUUAUCAAAAUUGUUGUGUGAGAAUAAAAAACGUUGUUGUCUUUGCCACA